AGGGAAGAAGGCACAGCGGCGAGUCGUCUUGCUUCUCAUCUCUGAUCGUUCCCCUCACCUCUCUGGCUCUCUCGGACAAGACUUCCUCCAGUACGCACCAGCCGGCAAAGGCGCGCCCUCCGGCGGCCGGCGACCAGCGACCGGCGACUUACUUCAAAGGAGCACGGACAGCAGCUCGUCACCACCAGAUCCUCCUCCGUCGCGCACUCCCUCUCGACCGCAUCACCUCUCGGAAGCAGUAUGGCGACCAGACGGAACAUUCCUUAUUCUGUUCUUCCUACGGAGGACAGGGAUGAAGACAAUGUUGACCGCCGGUUCACAUACACUCCAAAAUCCUUGAGGAGGAUCCCGUGGAAGUCGAUUGCCUUAGCAUUGUUCCUCCUCUUCCUGGGAAGCUCUCUUCUCUUCCUUUCAUAUUUUAUAUCCACGGGUCACAUGGAGGGUGAUAGCUCUCAGGUGUAUGGUCUAUUGUUCCUGGGUAUCCUUGCCUUUCUUCCUGGAUUUUAUGAGACCCGAGUUGCAUACUAUUCAUGGAGAGGAGCACCAGGGUUCACCUUUGCGGCCAUUCCAGACUAUUAGGCUUUGAUUCUAACUCAUCUACUGGGCAGUAAGGAUAUUGAACAGCAAGAGCCAAAAUACGAAACUUUAUCGAGAAUGAGAUGAGCACUUAUUGUUAUGUUUGUACUACAAAUAGCUAACAUGUAGGUGAAGUCGCCUUGUGUUGAUUCUGUCACAUGACUGCGUUGUUUCAUCAGGCAAGCUACGCAUGUGCUGCAGAGCUAAAGCUGCUCUUUUGCUUUGCUUGAUUGCUAUGUAGAUUGAACUUCUGGAGUUAGCUAAGAUAUUAGUUUUGGCUUAAGUAUGUUAAUCUACAAAUAUAUUUUUAGGGCUUUGUUC